ACCCUGCUCACUGUGACUGGACUAUACAGCUCACCCUGCUCACUGUGACUGGACUAUACAGCUAACCCUGCUCUCUGUGACUUCUGGACUUUUUUAGGACUCACGGCGUGGAAAGAGACGGAGAAAGGGAUAGCCACGUGGACGGUGUCUUUAUGGGAACACCUAGACGAGGCAGCCAGGCUGAUGGAAUUACGGCAAGCGGACAGAUUCUAGAAGCCGAACCGGACCGACUCGCUUCCACGGCGACAACAGCGGAUUCAAGCCCCCCUGCUUCCCUGGCAGUCCCUCAGGCUGCACCCAUGGACCUGAGAGUGGGGCAGCGGCUGGUCAGGCCCGACUCGGACAGAACCAUGCUGACUCCUGUCCCUCCCCACCACCACCCCCUCCUCAUCGGCACCUACCCUGGCCCACCGCCCUGCACACAGAUCUCCCAGCAGCAGCUGCAGCAGCACAUCAGGUUUAACAUGGAGCAGCGACGCCUGGAACAGGAGCACGAGCAGCAAAAGGAACUGCAGCAGCUGUGGCACAAGGAGAAGAACAAACAGAGUGCCGUGGCCAGUUCCGUGGUCAAACAGAAGCUGCAGGAAGUGAUUCGCAAGAAGCAGCAGGCCGCCCUGGAGCGUACCAACUCCAACCCCCUGAGCAGCACCCCCGUGGCGUACAGGGCUCUGGCUCCGGACCCAGAGGUCCCCCCUCCCUCGUUGAUGGUGCCCCCCCCUGCCCACCAGAGCACCGAGCCUGCAGAGGACCUCCCUCUGCGACGGACAGCGUCGGAGCCCAACCUGAAGGUGAAGAACAAACUGAAGAAGCACCUGGGGGCGAGGAAGAGUCCCCUGACACGCAAGGAGAGCGCCCCGGCGACCCUGAAACAGAGAGCCCCCGACACCAUGGAUUCGUCUCCUAGCAGCAGCAGCACUCCAGUGUCAGGAUGUAGCUCCCCGAACGACAGCAUUCCCACAGAGAACGGGACCCUCCCCCUCAGCACGGGGGUCCCACACGAGCGUAUCUUGUUCCAGGACAGCAGCCUGCCUCACUUUGCCCUCACAAACCCCUCUGCCCUGCCCACCAUCACCCUGGGGCUGCCAGCCAAUGCCAAGUGCGACUCUGAGCCCUCAGGUCUGGGCUCUCUGAAGCCGGGCCGGUUCUCUGUCCUGAGCGGACCGGUCCUGGCCGAGGCUGCCCCUCACGUGUACCUCCCUGUGGGGCUGGACGAGAAUGGGGCUCCCAUGGUCAUCCUGGAGCCCAGCGGCCUGGUGCACACGCCACUGCUGUCAGGGCUGGGGACGGUCCCACUGCAGUAUGCCCCCCCCAUGGGACCCCACAAGCCACUGAGCCGCACGCGCUCAGAGCCGCUGCCCCAGAACCCCAGAUCUCUACAGCAGCACCUCCUGCAACAGGGCCAGCACAGCCAGCUCCUGGAGAGGCUGAAGCAGCAGACGCACCUCGGAAAGCUCAUGUCCAAAUCCAGCGAGAAGCCUCGUCUGACACAGAUCCCCUCGGAGGACAUGGACUCGGAGGAGUGCUGGCCGGGCGACGCCCCCCCGAGAGCGAGGGCAGAGUCAGGAGGGGGAGAGGCCAGAGAAGAGAGGGGCGAGAGGGACCCGCAGCAGAUCUACCUGGAGCAGCAGGAAAAGCUCAUCCUUCAGCAGCAGUCCUAUCUCUGGGAGCAGCAGAAGCAGUUACAGGCUCUGCGCAGACACACAGCUCAGAUGGAGACGCUGGCUGUUCCCAUGGUGCUCGGUCCUCACCGCCCGCUAUCCCGCGCCCAGUCCUCGCCCGCUGCUGCUGCUGCCGUGUCACUUCCAGACAAGAGCAUCGCGCUUCCUGUGCAGGACACGCCCACAAAGCCUCGCUUCACUACAGGCCUCGUGUACGACUCUCAGAUGCUGAAGCACCAGUGCACAUGCGGAGACAACAGCACGCACCCAGAGCAUGCUGGGAGAAUCCAGAGCAUCUGGUCACGUCUGCAGGAGAGGGGGCUGAGGACCCGCUGCGAGAGUAUCCGGGGCAGGAAGGCCACGCUGGAGGAGCUGCAGUCCGUGCACUCGGAGCGCCACGUCCUCCUGUACGGCACCAACCCACUCAACCGCCUCAAACUGGACAACCGCAAGCUGGCCGGAAUCUUGUCUCAGCGGAUGUUUGUGAUGCUGCCGUGUGGAGGGGUUGGGGUUGACAACGACACGAUCUGGAACGAGAUGCACACAUCAACGGCAGCGCGCCUGGCAGCGGGCAGCGUGACCGAACUGGCCUUCAAAGUGGCCAAGGGGGAGCUCAAGAACGGUUUUGCAAUCGUGAGACCCCCUGGCCACCACGCAGACUCUUCAAACGCAAUGGGGUUCUGCUUCUUCAACUCUGUUGCCAUCGCAGCCCGGCAGCUCCAGCAGAAACUAAACGCCAGCAAGAUUCUCAUUGUGGACUGGGAUGUUCACCAUGGCAACGGAACCCAGGAAGUGUUCUACAGUGACCCCAGCGUUCUGUACAUCUCCCUCCAUCGCUACGACGACGGGAACUUCUUCCCAGGCAGUGGGGGUCCCAGUGAGGUUGGGACAGGGCCCGGGACUGGUUUCAACGUGAACGUUGCAUGGACUGGCGGGUUUGACCCCCCGAUGGGAGAUGCAGAAUACCUGGCUGCGUUCAGGACCGUGGUGAUGCCCAUUGCCCAGGAGUUCUCCCCAGACGUGGUGCUCGUCUCCUCGGGGUUCGACGCUGCAGACGGACACCCCCCUCCGCUCGGGGGCUACAAGGUGUCUGCCAAAUGUUUCGGGUUCCUGACCAGGCAGCUCAUGGGGCUGGCAGGGGGGAGGCUGGUCCUGGUGCUGGAGGGGGGGCACGACCUGACUGCGAUCUGCGACGCCUCGGAGGCCUGUGUGAGCGCGCUGCUCGGGAACGAGAUGGAGCCUCUCUCUGAGGACGUGCUCCGGCAGAGACCCAGCGCCAACGGGACGCGAUCCCUGGAGAUGGUGCUGCAAGUUCAGAGUAAAUACUGGAAGUCAGUCCAGCGCUUCGGCCCCACGGCGGGAUACUCUGUCCUGGAAGCUCAGAAACACGACCAGGAGGAGACGGACACGGUCUCUGCGCUCGCCUCCCUGUCCGUGGGGGUCACGCCUGGGGUCACCGCUGACAAGAGGCUUCAAGACGAACCCAUGGACGACCAGAACUCCGUCUAGAGCACAGUGACCUCUGACCUCCGGCGCUGGGAUCCUCUCCACUAACAGGACAGCGAACAUGGCCUGCUCCCCUUCCUUCCACCAGGAACCUGCCUCGCCUUUCAGGACCAAAGAAAACCAUUCCUGCUUCUAAAAAUAAGGAGCACAAGAGAGACAAAAACAGGAGUGGGUUUUGAACUUGGAGUCUCUGCGAAUCUCUGGUGCUUCAGAAACCUCAAGAUUAAAAUGUUCUUCUAUAAGAAACCGCGCUGUACAAUGAUGUCAAAGAACCUUUUUAAAAUGAAAAGCACAUUCUUCUACCUGAGAAACAGAGAUGCUGAAGCAGCUAGACUUCUUGUUUUCUUCGUACCUUUAAAAUCGCCUUGGUGAAGUCUGUGCGAACAGUCCUCCAGAUUCCAGCCAGUCUUCAAAACGAACCUCGAUCCCCUCCUGCCUUGUUACUGACCACCUGGACCCAGUGGCUCAAGCCCCCAGCCACUAACUGGACAGCACUGGUUUUGCCUUGCAUAGCGCCAUGUAGAGGUCGUGAACGGGUUUGACACUUAUUUUUCUAUUAAGUGAAGUUUGCUCCGCUAUAGGUGGGUGGAAAACAAACUGGUUUAGGUUUUGACAAACUUUGAUCAGUUAUUUAUUUUUUUCCUGUGGAUUUUGUUUUAUUAUUAAAACCACUAAAAGAAACAAAGAAAAAAGUGAAAAAAAACAAAACACACACCAAACUAAGCAGAAGGUGUCAGUCUGUGGUCUGUUAAAUUGCACUGUGCAUUCCAGAACGUGAACGACGCCACACGCGGAACGGAAUUCUUAACUGGACUUUGGCCAUUUGUUUCAAGUAUUUUUUUUUUUCUUUUUCUUUUUAAACAUUGGCAUUUUUAUCCUUUUAUAUCAAAAGACAAUUGCGUUUGGCCGGAUUUAGGCCUAGUUGAAGACAAAAGACUUUGCAAUGUCGUUCCAUUGGGAUCUGAGACACACACACAGUGUCUUAUGUACUAAGCUGGCCAGUGCUUUUUGAAGCAUCGUUAAAGUGAAGACUGCGGCGCGUCACGAAUCUCAUUUUAAGCAAUUAGACGCUGGUUCCCCCCCCCCCCCCCCGUUUUAGAAUAGUCCGUUCUGGACAACCCAAGUAGAUUCACGGGAGAACUAAGCGAUCAGACCCAGGCUUGAUCAAGCCCAAUACCCAGGGGCAAGCGAUUGCAUACCUUCCCCCAAUCGCUCCAGCCCAGCCCUGCCCGCCGCUAUUCCAGUCCGAUGCAGUCAGCAGAAACCGAAAGUGUCUUAAACUCCCCCCCACCCCACCCCUGUGGAAGAGCUGCAAGAACCAAAAUAUUGGAUUGCAUUGAAAAAAGUCCAUGCAAAGCGCUUUAUUAAAAUAAUAAAUGAAUCAUUCCAAUUUAUCGUUGAUUGUAUGUAAAAAAUAAACAGUAUUUUAACCUGUGGAUAAAUAAACCUACUGUAUUGUAUAGUUUGAAUAUCAUUAAUUACGUUGCAUUAUCAUGUAGUGUUUGGGUCCCCCCCCCCGUUCCCAUUCCAGCUGUAACGAAAGGAAACAAACGAAGAGGAAAGUCAAAUUCCAGUAAGACUUUGAAAUCGGUAACAUACCAGCAAACUGUAACACAAUGGGAUCGCUGAGCAGUGACUCAAGACAAGGAAGCCGUCACAUCGUGUUGCCUAACAUUACCUCUCACAAGCACUUAAACACAGACUCUGCGCUGCAAUGCACAAUCGGAACACACUGGGUUCUCGUUCUGCUCCGGCGUCCUGUAGCCGGGAGAACCAAGAUCAAUACUCGGGCCACCCAGAACAAGCCCGGACUCUCCGAACGGGACAGCUUGUGUCCCCCGCCUGUCCGAAUGUCCGUCUGUUUACCGCGCAACGAAGCGUGGAGGUUGGAAAGUAUUCUUUCUAUGCAAUACUUCUAGGGCAUGACCUCCCUCGUUAGGACCAUUAUGUCUUUUCUACUGUUUUUAAACCAUGCCUGUGGACCAAAACCCUGACUACCCACAGUGCCUCGCCUGGAUCUGUGCCAGCAGCGUCCUUCCGAGAAACACAUCCGCCUUCUUGUACAUUAUAUAUAGUUACUGUUUUUGUUGUUCUGUAUGUAAAUACCAAAAUGACAAUGUUUAUGCAAUGAGGUUUCUAUCCUGAAUUAAAGAGAAAAAAAAAAAAAAUUAAAUGCAAAGAGAGUCUCUUA